AUGGAGGUAACCCUAAGCACCAAGAACCCCGAGGACACGCAGAGCAACAACGAUGACAAGGAAGUCAACAAGUGCGCACAGCACAGGGGACAAAACCACGACACUAUUAAGCAGAAUGACACCACAACGCUGGAGCAGGAAAAGGUCUUGAAGAAUCAAAAGAACCAAUUCGGGAUCAGACUUUACGAUAACGACCUAAAGUACAGUGACGAUAUUCAGACCAUCAUAAAAAAAGUUAUUAACGAAAAGAAUAUCCAUUUUUUUAAAAAAUACUCCUCAUUCCUCCUUUACCUAAGCAACGAGGUGGAGUACAUCGACAUUGACGAUCGGAGCAAGCUACAGAAGAAAGAAGCCAAUGAUGAAAACACAAAGGUGUUUUUUAAAAUCCAACUGACUCCACAUAAUAUGAGCAUUAUUUAUAAUAUACUGGACAAAAAAAUGAUAGAAAAAAUAUUAUCCUUGUGUGAAAAUAAAUACAAAAAAAGCAAAACGUCCAUCGGAUAUGCAACAGAUAAACAGGAAAAUUACAAAAUCACAGAUUCAUCAAACAGAACAAGCUCCACAGUCUUCCUAUACACAAUUAGAAACAGAUCUGUUAUUGAGCAAAACCAAAUAGAUAACGAAAGCUCUAUUGUAUACACAAAGGAUGAAAGUAUUAUGGACUUAGAAAAUACUAUAUGUAAUUUGGUCAAAAUACCACUAUGCUAUUUGGAACCACUAGCCAUUGUAAAAUAUGAAAAAAAUAAUUACUUCAAUGUGCAUCAUGAUGGGACCUUUAGAAGAGCUACUCUUUUAAUAUACCUCAACGACGUUGACCAAGAUGGAGAAACCAUUUUCCCUCAUUAUAAUUUAUCCAUCAAACCCAUUCAAGGGUCAGGUAUUUUCUGGUACAACAAUAUCCCUGUGGAAGACCAGUAUGCCAUUACGUACUGUGUAAAUCGAAUUAACGAAAUUAAUGAGAAAGAAAGAUUGAAAUCUGCUCAAAAUGUAGAAACAGGAAUGAAUGCAUCCUGUGCAUCACUAACACCACCCAUGGCAUCUGCUCAACUUACCCCUACAGAAGACAACCAGAAUGCCAAUUUCCCCUCGUCUAAAUGUACACCCCAAAACAACUCCACCACGACAAAUCUUAUCAUCACAAAUCUCAACACAACAAAUUUAAACACAACCGGUGAUGAUCUCUCCACUACUUACAAGAAUCCCAUCAACAAAACAGUAGACCUAAUUAAUUUUUUGAAGGAUAAGUCCAACUUGGAAAAAUUUUCCAUCGAUACCAUAAAUGAUGAACUGGGGAAUAUGUACAUCGCUGAUAUGACCAUGCUGCACAAAGCCAACAAAGUGUCAGAUGAAUACAAAUAUGUAAUAAAUUGUUUUUUCAAUAUUAAUAUAGUUAGGAAUGUAUGA